AUGCGGCACACGGAGCUCCUGGCGAGGGAGGCCGGCCAGACGAGGCCCGCCGCCCUGACCGGGCUGCACGUGCCGACCGUGGUUGCGCCGACGCAGUCGGAGGACCUUCACUGGCGGCCACGCCUUGUGGCCCUCGCGGACUUUGUGCUGCCCAUUUGGGACAUGGUGGUUAGCAACCGUGUGCGCCUGUUCGGCUCGUACGACCACCAAGAGCUGGACAUCCUUCUGAGACUAACGUCCCCCGGCGACACCUUCGUGGACAUCGGCGCGAACGUGGGUGCGGUGACGGUGCCGCUGGCCGCGCACGUCGGCCAGGAGGGCACGGUGUACUCGUUCGAGCCCUUCCGCCAAGUGUUCCAGUACUUGAACGCGAACGUGGCCGUCAACGGCCUGGCCAACGUGCACACCUUCCAGUACGCCCUCUCGGACGCGUCGAAGGCGCCGCGCACGAUCCGCGCGCCGGCGCCGACGCUGCUGGCCGGGCAGAACGCGGGCAUGUACGGCGUGUUCCAGGGCGCCUCAACGGAGCCCAACCAGCAGACCUCGAAGACGAGGGAACGGCUGGAGGACGUCAACGUUCGGACUCUGGACAGCUUCCAGUUGCCGAGAGUCGACGUGAUCAAGAUCGACGUCGAGGGGCACGCGGCCCGUGUGCUGGAGGGCGCCGCCGAGACGCUGCUGGCACACCGCCCCAUCCUGUGGUUCGAGGAGGGCGGGAGCGAGCCCCCGGAGGCGGUCGCCAACCCGGGCCUGCGCUACUGGUGCACGAAGCUCGACGACACGCCCGAGCAGCAGUUCCUCUGCUAUCCCCGCGAGCGCCACGCGGAAGUGCAGGCCAGGCUCAACGCCUGA